AUGAAGAUUCUGUAUUGGAACAUUCGGGGUGUUAGGAAGGCAGCAGGGUUGUGCGCUUUACGUCAACUGGUGAAGGAGCAUGCCCCGGAUGUGCUAUGCUUGGCUGAACCCAUGGUUCAGGUAUGUAAAUUUCCUGGUAUUUUCUUUAGUCGGCUGGGGUAUGCUGUGGAUUUCAUUCAUAAUUUUCGGGAUGAAAAAGUCCCAAAUUUAUGGAUUAUAUGGAAGUUGGGGGUUUCGAGACCAUUCGUUGCAGGUAUGUCUGAUCAACAUAUAUCAGUCAUCUUUGAUUGGCCAGGUAGUAAAGUGGGUAUUUCUUUUGUACAUGCAAGUUCUUUUAAAAUUAUGCGUAGGCAAUUGUGGUUAGAUUUGGAGUUGUCGAUAUCCGCUUUGGUUCCGUGGUCUGUGAUGGGGGAUUUCAAUGCAACCCUGCUCUCGCAUGAGAAAAGAGGUCCUGGUAAGUUUAAUCUUGGAUCAGCUGCUGAAUUCCAGGCAAUGGUUGAUGCGUGUGAAUUGCUUUCUAUCCCUUCUCAGGGAAAGAAAUUCACUUGGACUAACAAUCGUCGAAGGGGUCAUGCAGUUGCAGUGUUAGAUCGGAGUUUUUGUAAUGGGAAGUGGAUAGAUGUGUUUAGAAAUGUGAAGCAGCGUGUUUUGUUGUCUUCGGUAUCAGAUCAUGCCCCUCUAAUUGUUGUCUCUGAUGAUGUUCAAAGACCUACAAAUAUCCCCUUUAGAUUCCAUAGCUUUUGGAUGGAAAAUGAUCAAUUUAUCUCCGUGGUUGAGGAAGCUUGGAAAACUUCGAUAGGAGGUAAUCCAAUUUUCGUUCUGGCACAAAAAUUAAAGCAGGUCAAGGAGAAUUUAAAGGUUUGGGCGAGGGCUAACUUUCCUAACCUGAAUGACGAGGUCGAUAAAGCAAAGCUGGAAUUAAAGAAGGUUCAAGACAUGAUAGAGGUGGCUGGGAUGACUGAUGAAUUAUUUAACAGAGAGGCAGAUGCAAAAACAGUAUUAUUGAAGGCCAACCAAAUGUACGAGAAGUUGUGGGCUGAAAAAGCUAAACUGAGAUGGAUGAAAAAUGGAGAUUGUAACUCGAAAAUUUUUCAUCUCUCCGUGAAGCUUAGGAGGUUGAAAAAUCAGAUCACCUCCCUAAAAAAGGAAGAUGGAACUUGGGUUUCAGACCAACAGGGAAUAUCGUCUUAUGUCUCUGAUUUUUUUGAGAAAUUUCAUGAGGCUGAUGCAAUCACGGUUCAUAAUGACCUUCUUGAUAAUAUUCCCAGAGUGUUGGAGGAGGAGGACGUGGCAGGAUUGGAGAUUGUCCCGAGUGGGGACGAAAUAAAACAAGCUGUUUGGGAUUUAGAUCCUGUAAGCUCUCCAGGUCCUGAUGGGUUCCCAGCAUGGCAAAUCAAACAUGGAAAUUCUCUAAUGAGUGUUUUCUUUCGUGCCCGUUUUCUGAAGAUUGAUGGUUCGCUGAAAACUACCUACCUUUCCUCUUCGAUAUGGCCUGGUCUUAAAAAGGUGUGGCGGUGGGUACAGUCUCAUGAGCAAUGGACUGUUGGGAAUGGUCAGAGGAUAAAUUUUUGGAAAGAUAGCUGGCUGGGAAAGAAGCCUAUUGAGGAGUUGUAUGGUUUGCAGUUAGAUAUCUUUGAUUCGAUGCAGGCAAAGGUUUCCGAUUUCAUUUGCCAAGAUGAGUGGAAUUUUCCCCAGGUUCUCAUUUUCUACAACAUCUAUCCUAUAAGUUUCAAAAUGAAAUAUAAGACAAAAAAGGUUCCCUGGUAUGCUGUUGGACUUCCCGCUGAUGCCAUGCUGAAGGUGGGAGCUCUUUCUAUGGUUUUUUGGUUUGUUUUGUGA